CUUUUUUUGAUUGUUUCAAUUUGUUUUCGGCUUUUGUUUACUUGAUUAGUUGGAAUAAUUAAAUCAUGACUUCUAAUUUGUUCAAAAUUUUUCAGUCGAUUUGUAGAUCGGUGCGUGAUGAACCAAGACCACAGGGAGACAACAAGCUUUCUGAUGACUACUUGACACAGCUUGUCUAUUUGUUUGGCGAUGAUCUUAUUAAUGCACUGACUUUGAUUGACGACAAGCGCAUCUAUUUGGUUCGAAGUGAUUCCGGUCGACAAGUAUUCAAGGUGCUCAGUCAAGAUAAACCGAUUCAUUACAUUUGUUACAAGAACGCUUAUUAUUGUACUUGUCUUGCAUUUAAACACAAAGUGAUCAGCUCGGACUCGAUUAUGUGCAAACAUUUAAUCGCUACUAGAAUUGCCGAUGCGAUGGGAUUGAUUGAAAUAGAAAAUAUCAAUGACCAGCAAAUGGCAGAUUUAUUAAAGUAAUCAAAAAGACACAAUAACUUGGUAAAUUAACUGAGGAGAUUUAAAGCAGAUUAACAAGAGGAAGUAGAGCGUCUCUCUUGUCAAGGUAAAGGUAAACUUUGGAAGGACCAAUGACCUUUGAAUAGGGAAACGUGGUCAGAAGACGAAGACAGAGUAAAGAAAAGUAAGAGAAGGUGAAGAUGAAGAUGAAGAUGAAGAUGAAGAUGAAGAUGAAGAUUAAGUGUUUUAAAGAGACUCUCGGACAAGGAGGAGGAGAAACAGUGUAACGGUAUUACAAUAAAAUGAGAGAUUCAACAUCAAUUAACUCUGUCUGCUUAUACAAUCUACAAAUGUUCCACGCGACCUGAAAGAGAAAAGGUGAGAGAGAAUACCAAAGGAGAGGGUGGACAGAGAGCAGAAUACGAAUAUGAUGAUGAGGGAGAGAGGACGAAGCAAGAAAUGAUAAGAGUACUAAAUAUUAUGCAUUUAGCUCCUUGUGUCUCCGAGGAUAGAAACGCGGAUCCAGGUUUAUGUCGCGUGCCACGAGUUACCUUUGACAAUAGAUCUUUUCUUUCAUUUAUCUAGUUUUGUGUUAACUCUCCUCGGGAGUAAAGAGAGUGAGAGAGGUUCGAUUGUAAAAACAGGAACCCUCCGAGCUUAAACACCUCUCUCUCUCUCUCUGUCUCUCUGUCUCUCUCUCCCUAUCUCUAUCUCUUUCUCUUCACUCUCUCCGUUUUACCCUCUUUCUUUUUCUGUCUCUGUUUCGCAUUUUCCAGGUGAAAGAGAAAAGUAAGACUUUUCUGCCACGCGUUUGAUGUGGAAGCUUUUUAUUAUCAUAAUAAUUGAAUAGCUUUGGAUGCAAUAAACUGGGGGAAUUUAAAUACAAUCAACUAUAAAAACUUUGUAUCUAAUAUUUGAUGAUUUCGAUUAUGCUUUCACCUUUUCUCCUCCCUAACAUAUGACAAACUAUUAAUUGUAAACUUAUGUUCACCCAACAGUCAAAGAGUUAGAUUAUAUAACAACAGUUUAAAUAGAAUGAAAAAAAAACUCGAACUUGGCCCAGGUGAGUUACCGAAAUGAUAUAAAGAGAAUCGAGUAAAAAACAGAAACAAACCUUAGGUAAUUCUCACAAUUGACUGCAAUAUUCAUUUACGACAUUUGUUUGGAAAUCACGCAACAUCAACAGAGAGACAAAGUUUCUAAUGAAAUUACAAUGUUUUCUUUUUAUUAUUCAGCUACUUGUAAUUUAUAUGAUCAGUACAUUGCGAAUAUUAUCAUUACCAUUGGAAUUAUCAUUAUCAUUGUACAAACAAUAAUGAUACAAAGUUUCCUAUGAGGUUAAGUGAACCGUCAAAGUUUCCAAAAGAAAAGCAAAAAACGAUGAUUAUUAUAAUGAUCAAGUUAUAACGGGGAAUUGGCAAGUCUUGAUUGUUGAUGAUUCGGUGUUGAUGAUGCAGCUGAAAACUGAUCUCCGGCUACUGAAUAUCAAGGGAAACGAAACAAAAGUGAAGUGAUAAUGUUAAUCAUAGAUUAUGAUGAUCAUUAUAAUUACAUAGUAACUGUUUCCAUCUCAGGUCAGUGUUUGAGCAGACGAUUUUUCCAGGAACUGAUUGCGUUUUCAUUGACUGAUUAGCUUAUCUUAAUUGACAACUUAACCCAUUUGCUCUGGUCGUUGACCUCAACCAAGUUCGGCACUAAAAGCGAUUAAGAUAACAAUCAAAUCGAUGGACAAUUUGUACUGAUAGUUGCCAAGAAUAUGAUCAAAUACUGAUAACACUGUUUACGGUUUGUUGAUCUUCUAGUGACAAUAACCUUAAUAGCCUAAAGGUAAAUGGACAUUUCGUCCUAAGUUGACCUCUCUCUCUCUCUCUCUCUCUCUCAAUAGAUAUCAAUGGACACUGAUAAUCAUCAUCUGUUUCCUAACAAUCGAUCACCUUUUUUAAAAUUAACUUUCACACAAUUUAAAUUAAUGAACCAUAAUAAUAAUCACUAUCGAUAUUUAUAUCUGUAAAUGUAUCAGCAUUUACAACUAAUUGUUACCUGCAAGAUUAAUAGUAUUGCCAAGAUUAGAGUAAUUAUAUUAAUAAACAAUAAUUAGAUAUUAUUUUAUAUUAUUGGAAUGCUCUGGUUUCAGAUCAUUUUACGUUCCAUUGAUUAAGUUCCCAUGAUGAUGAUAUUAAAUUAUUUUAGUAAAUAUCAUAAUGAUGAU